AAAUAAAAACCGAACGGUACGCGCCGAUAACCAAGAUUGGGGCACAGUAGUUAUCAAAUUAGCAGUAUUUCAGAAUUCCUCGAUAUUAUUUGGAGAAAGAGUGAUAACAGAAUUUCUCUAAUAUACCAUAAUAAACAGGAUAAAAUGGUUGACUACAGCAAAUGGAAGGACAUAGAAAUUUCAGACGAUGAAGAUGACACUCAUCCAAACAUUGACACACCAUCGCUCUUUCGCUGGCGUCAUCAAGCUAGAAUGGAGCGAAUGGAGGAGCGAAACCGAGAGAAGCAAGAAUUAGAAAAAAAGAAAAAUGAAACACUUCAAAAGCUCAAGGAAACAAAGCAAAAAAUAGAGAAGUUGGAAAAGGAGGAAGUAAAGUCUGAAGACUUGGAGUCAAUGAAGAAAGCCCUUCAGGCGUUGGAACUCGAGGAGAUGAAGGUGAAGGAAAAAGAGCAAGAAUUAGUGAAAAAAGACAAACUCACUCCCUGGAACGUCGACACAAUUGCUCAACCUGGCUUUGCAAAAACCGUGAUCAAUACACAACCUCGUAGAAAAGACGAUGAUGCAGAUCUGCCCGACGACGUCAGGGAACAAAGGAUGAAGGACUUUGUUAAGGAGAAUGAGCAGAAACUGAAGAAAUUCGGAAUGCUGAGGAAGCACGACGACAGUAAAGCCUAUCUGCAGGAGAAUCCUCAGUUAGUCUGCGAGAACACCGCUAAUUACUUAGUCAUCUGGUGCAUCAACUUGGAGAUGGAGGAGAAACAUGAUUUGAUGGAGCAUGUGGCACACCAGUGUAUCUGUAUGCAAUACAUCCUCGCAUUAUCAGCACAACUGGACGUAGAUCCACGUGCCUGCGUCGGAUCAUUUUUCAGUCGUAUUCAAAUAGCCGAAGUCGAAUACAAAAAAUCGUUUGAUGAUGAAUUAACAGCUUUCAAAGAUAGAAUUCGCAAGCGAGCUGCUGAGAAAGCUGCCCAACUCAUUUUAGAGGUUGAGGAAGAGGAAAGGAAGGCGAGACUGGGACCAGGUGGCCUUGACCCUGUUGAAGUCUUUGAGAGCCUCCCAGAGGCACUGCAAAAGUGCUUCGAGAGCCAAGAUAUUCCACUACUACAGAAAACUAUUUCAGAAAUGCCCGAGGACGAGGCAAGAUAUCACAUGAAACGAUGUAUUGACAGUGGGCUAUGGGUGCCGGACGCCAACAGCAAAAAAGGCGAACCGGAGAAACCUGUCUACUCCGAAGCUAAAGAUGUACCAACACCUGAUCCUGAAUGAUUGCCAAUGCCAGAGCUUCACUUGUAAUGAUGCAUUUUUCUAUUUAAUCCGAAAUUUAUCUGUGAAUUCCUUUUUGUAAAUUUUUGAAUUGAUUUUUUUCUUUCAAUUUCAGACAGGAGAAUUUUAAAUGAAAUUAUAUUCUCUGUUACUCGUUAUUGUAGACGUAAAUAAUGCAAAUCAUCUGGUGAUAAUCAAUAAACAAACUCUACAAACA